AUGUUUGUCCGACCUUUUAUUCAGAAUUUCAAGCAGAUGAAAUGCUUUCGUCCGCAAAUCGCCCAUUAUUGUGAUGGUUCCAACCUUCCACGAUUUGAGAAAUGCUUAAACCAAGUUAAUCUUCUUGGACGAGUUGGACGUGAUGCUGAAAUUAGAGGAACCGAACAAUAUCCUGUUGCCAUUUUGUCACUUGCUACAAGUUUUGUCUACACAAAAGUUUCUGGUGAGACUGUAUCUCGAACUGACUGGCAUAGAAUCAGUGUUUUCAAAGAAGGAUUGCGAGAUAAAGUAGCAUCAAAUGUCAAAAAGGGAGACCGUGUAUUUGUGACAGGCACACUUCAAUAUAAUGAAUAUUGGGAUUCUGGAAACAUGUUACAAAAGUCUACAACAAUCAUUGCAAAUGAUAUAAUUAAUUUAACCAAGAAAUACUUAAAUGAAGAUGUGCCUGUGGAUGAGGAAAAUGUAUACAGUUAA